CUCCGUUGGGUUUGGGCAAGGUAUGGGGGGUUGUGAACAGGCAGAGUUUUCUUGCUCCUUGAGUCGGAGUGGGUGAGAGGCACUGUGGCAGACUAGAGGGAAUGGCAUCGAAACACAGGCGUGGCGACCACCGACCCAGGGUCAGAAGACUCAUUGAAUCCACCGUCUUCCUUGGUUGUUUGAAUGCCUCUCAUUUCCGCCGUGUUUCUUCCUCGGUACCCUGAAUUGGGAGCAGAUCUCGUGGGCCAUUCAAACACGCCGAUUCCCCAAUCGCGGCUUGUUCUCCUUCCUCUCCGCGACUCCGCCCCUCCAUCUCGCGCAAAAUUUUGUUAGCUCAUGAGAUUACCUCACACCAUCUUGUUCUCGAGCCUCUUCAUUGCUUUGCGUCUCUUAUCUCUGUUUCCAAUUGUCACCCAUCCCAUCUUUUACGUUUCUGUUAUCAGCACACCCACAGCCGCGCGUUUAGAUCCAAUAUCCCCGGUCAUUCCUCUCGCCCCGUACUUGCGCUUAUGCCAGGCACGUUGCAUUAGGCUCGGGCGCGUGGAGCAGGCAGGCAUGGGAUCUAUCGCAAACUCCGACGUCACCGUAUCCGAUGCUGUGGUUCCAAAGCGUGAACUUAGCAUCGAUGGCUACUCGUCUGAUUCAGCCUCGGAUGCCGAGAUUGGUGACCAUAUAGACGGCGCUGCCGACCAGGCGAGUCAGGGCCCAGCGCCCGCUCCCAAAAGGAAAGGAGGUCGUAAACCUAUCUACGCCACGUCCGAAGAACGCAAACAGCGGAACCGUCAAGCACAGGCGGCCUUCCGUGAGCGUCGCACCGAGUACAUCAAGCAACUCGAGACCACUAUCCAGCAUCAUGAGGAGAAUCUCCAGAAUCUCCAACAAAGCCAUCGCGCCGCCGCCGAUGAGUGUUUGAUGCUUCGCUACAAGAACUCGCUCCUGGAGCGUAUUCUUCUGGAAAAGGGAAUCGACGUGCAAGCUGAACUUGCGCUCAAGGGAAGCCCAAAUCUUCGACCUCACCGCGUGCCUCCCAUCACCGGACAGGCGUCGCCCAUGCAAAAGGCCAUGUUGAACCGGCAACAGCAGGCAAGGCAUCGACCUGUGAUGGCACCCCCCAUUCAGACUGUAAAUCCAUCCUCCCAUGCUGGUGGACAGAGGAAUUUUGCAGGCUCACCCACAGCACAGCCCACCCCUCCCUCGCAACACUCUUCACCAUCAGCUGCCAGAUCCCCUGGCUUUGCCCUACAAACCGGCAUGACUUCUCCUGCGACCGAUGUUGGACCCUCACCUGCACAACAGCACCAUGGACGACCAAUUCAGCCUUCCCAGCAGGCCUAUAACCAGCAACCCAGACAGCACAACCGCACAGUAUCACACCCUGGGAACGUGGCCCCAUAUCCUCCACGAGGCCAGCCAAACCUCUCCAUGCAAGAAAGCUAUUAUCCGCCUUCUUUCCAGAAGCACUAUUCUCAACUCGGCAAGCUGACCCCUUUCUUCUAUCCACUUCGUGCAUGUGGAGCUUUGUUCGUCCUAGACUGAUUCCGUGAGUACAGACCAGGAGUACGAUGCGCAGCCUGACAUGAUCGACGAGCUGGACGCAGAAGACGUCGACACCGAUUCCUUCAUCCCGAAUUUCCGCCUACCUCCAACAACAGCAACAUCCAUGGCAAUGGGAAUGCAAGCCUCGCCCCCAAUGACCACAAGUGCCGCCAGCGACAAUGGUGGUGGAGGUCCCCUCAUUGAUCCCUACGAUCCCAUGUUGGAUGCCGACCCCUUCGGUCUCACUGCCAGCAUGCACUUCCCCAACCCCUACACCUUUCCACCGACACAGACGCGACGGUGAGUCUGGUCCACAGAUGGCUACAUUUUCAGGACUCAGCCAUGAGUUUCUUUAUUCGACUGCAUUUUCUCGAGUCAUGACACGGAUGCAGCAUAGCGAGGGGCGUUCUCAGGCAAACCCAGGACCAAUCGAAUGGCAUGACGCAAUGAAUCGCAUAAUUUCUGGGCUCUACCAUAUCUAUACCUAUACCCGGACAAGGCACUGGAGGAUCAUCAUCUAACUUUUGAAUGUACAUAUUCUUGAAUAACAACCAUGCGCGUGGAUGAUUUCUGGGUGAUUUCUGGGUGAUUUCUGGGUGAUUUCUUGG